CCUCUCAGCCUCCCUAGAAUGUAGGUUCUGAGAUGGCAGGAGCCGAGUCUGUCUUGUUUGCAAAUAGAGCCCCUAAUCGUUCAUAGUUCAGUUAACAAAUUGUGUAUUGAGCUGCUAUGUGCAUUCUUUCGAUAUUUGCAGAGGGUCUGCGUACCAGGCACCGGGUCUUGGGGGUCCGCCGGGAAGCCAAGGCCCACAAAGGCCUGCCUUACUGAAACCGUGUGGAAGAAGUGAAUUCUGAGCCCACAGCAGCACGUUUCCACCUCAGGCCAUACAUUUUGCCUUUCAGGGCCUCAGUUUCCCCCUGUGUAAGAUGGGGCUGCGGGGAGGGCUGCAGGAAUGACCGCCUCUCCCAGCUGCUGCUCUCCAAGGCUUUUUGCCUGGUGUGUGGCUGCUGAGAGCAUGAUCAAGUAGGGAAGGUGGGGUUCGGACUGGAGGUGAGGGGUAGGAGUGUGCACGUGUAGGGGGAUGGGGGUGCCAAGUCCAAUCUGCACUUAACUCAGACGGGAGGCGCCUCAAUUUCUUCUUCUGUAAAAUGGGUAUCCUGGACGUCCCCACCUCGCAGACUGGUGGAUCAGCUCUAAGCGCUGGGCCAAGCCGCUGGCAGGGUGGCGCCCGGGUCUGUGCUGGCUUCCGAGCCCGCGAGCCCGCCCGAGACCACGUGGGGCGGUGGCGGCGCGGGCGGAACCCAGGCUCGGCGGCUCGUGGCCCGCCCGGGCCUCUGCAGCUGGGGCGCCGGCGGAAGUGGGUGCUCCAGCCGCUGCAGACCUCGGUGAGUGCGGGAUUGUUGCUGGUGGGUUGCGAGCACUUUCCCGUUCCCCGGCACCGGCCCGGGACGCCCACCCGCGUGCAAGACCGGGAGUGGCGGCAAGAGUCAAGUCCGCGCCUGCAACGCCGGCUGCUGGGACGUUCUUGUCCCCGAACGCCUGCACCCGGGACUCUGGUUCCGAACGCAGCAGCGCACACACUCCCGCGCCCGGGGUGGAGGUGGGGGCGGAAUGCACCCCCUCGGGAAAACAAUAACGACGACGAUAUUAUAACAGUAAUAACGGCUGCAGUCUUGAGACUCCCGCCUUUCCCGGAGUGGAAUCGCUCGCCUAAUCUGAGCCGGGAGGUGGGAAGAACGUCCAGCCCAGGGCGGAGUGGGGAGUGGACGCCUGAGGGCCGGGAGGACCUACUUAGUGAUCCUUUCUUGCAAGGAGCUGACAGUUGAGCUGCAGAGACAGGAAGAGCCUCACAAGAAAAAGGACAAUCCCAAUCACCCCUGUACGUAAGUAUGGACUCAUGGAUUUGGCCCUUUCAAGCUGACUCCUGUGUGACUGGGAAUUUGUUUGGAAGAUCGCAUUUCAUGAUGGAUCGGAUGGGCUGUGUGUGAGAGAAGAGAGGAGGCCAGGACUCGUUCUUUCAGCAAAUAUAUUUAUCGCCAGGGACUGGGGAUAAAGCUGUGAUCAAAGCAGUGCAAAGGCCCUGCUCUCGUGGACCCCAUGAAUGCCAGGAUAAUGCAGACUCCACUGACCACUACUGUGCCCGUGCUCCGGCUCCCCCGGGGCCCUGAUGGCUUGAGCCGAGGCUUUGCCCCCGACGGACGCAGAGCCCCCCUGAAACCGGUGGUUCCUGAAAUCCCGGAGUCUCAAGAAUCGCGGGAAUCCCAGGAACAGCGGGCCCGAGCCACCCUUCGGGAGCGCUACCUCCGCAGCCUGCUGGCCAUGGUGGGGCGCCAGGUGAGCUUCACGUUGCACGAGGGUGUGCAUGUGACCGCCCACUUCGGAGCCACUGACCUGGACGUGGCCAACUUCUACGUGUCGCAGCUGCAGACUCCGAUAGGCGUGCAGGCUGAGGCGCUGCUCCGGUGUAGUGACAUUAUCUCAUACACCUUCAAACCGUAAAGAUGUUAUCGUGUUCAUCUUUCUUCCUUGGGCGUAGCCACAGCCUCCCAGGCCUCCAUAUGCUCCUGAGCUUGGACCUCUGGGCCCCAGAGAGUUCGGAACACCCUUGGAAUUUUGAGCCAAGCUUCAAGCAACUCUGGCUUCUUGGGACAGUAAAAUUCUGCGGCCCCAGGAGUUCUAGAUCCUCUUGAAAGGAAGGCUGUACCUCACAGAACUCUAAACUGUACAGAUAUAUGGGCCUCAUGCCCAUUCCUGAAGAUUCCGGGUGGAGAAAGGGAAUAAAGGAAGGCAAAUUGUCUAGUGGGAAAUUGUCUGUUGAAGAGGCUGCAAAGGUCAGCCACCCUGGAAAUACUCCCCUCCUGCCAAAGUACCAGUUAUCCCAGGAAAAUUUGCCUCCUUUUUUUUUUUUUUUAAUGUACCCUAUAGGGAUUGAGCCAGACUUAGGUAGUAGAAGGGUGGCUAUCCACGGGCUGAAUCCCAUGCAGCUGGGCCAGGAAGGGGAGGACACGUCAAGGGAGUGGGAGGAACUCCGAUAAAGGUGUGGUGAUUGGACCUCCCGCUAGUCUCUGGGAACGCUGGAGCGACCUGGAUGCCAGACUUGGGAGAUCUGGACUUGAUUUCUUUUUCGGGUGGUCUAGGAUGUCCGUAACGAGUUGCGCGGCUCGCAUUGGGUCACAUGGUCACGCGCAAGGGCUCCUCCUAUUGCCUGGCCUCUGGGUGGGUAGAGUCGCUUCCCCGCCCAUACGGGGACUGGUUGGGACCUGUCUAACCCUGUGUGGCGGCACCACUGGGAAAAGGCAAGAGGAUUAAGGGUUAGGGUGAAACUUUGCCCUUUCUCCAUUUCACCCCAGCUGUGUAGCGUGGCCGUCCGUAUCACUCGCUUUACUUAGCCCCAUUACUAGUAGUCUUUCAGCAGAUUUGUUUUUAUUUAUUUAUUUGGCCGCCGCGGGCGGCAUGCGGGAUCUUAGAUUCCGGGCCAGGGAUCAAACCCUUGCCCCCUGCAGU